AUGGCACAACACGGCUUCGGCCAGUUCAAUGGUGGCCACGGCGGUGGAAGCAUCGACCCCAACGACCUGGCCAUGGGAGGAAACUAUGGAUCAUCCUAUUCGAACAACUACAACUCGAACUCUGCAAGCAACUCGAACGGCUUCUCGAGUGGCUCCGCUCUCUUUGGCGACGACGAGCUCCUUGAUGGUCUUGGAAGCCCGACCGAGGCUCCGCCUGGUAUGCAUGGCCAUGGCCAUGACUUCGGUGGCGGCGGCGGUGGUGGUGGUGGUGGUGGUGGGAUGUCAGACAUGGGCAUGGGCUUCAACCAGACAAUUUACGGUUCCCACCAUGGUCUGGACCAAAAUCACAUCAACGGUUACUCCAAUACUCCGGACGGCGAUCCGAUUCAGAGCCCUUUCGUUCACAGUUUCAACAACUCGCAGUUCAGUCAGAUGCACCACCGCCAGACGCUUGGCACAUCGCUCCAGUCUCCCAUCUCCUACUCUGGCUCACCCCUGACUGGUUCUGACUUGACUGGCGAGGCGGCUGAUGCCAACUAUCUCAACGCCAAAAACAGAGCUAGGAUGGCUCAAGCGAUGCAACGAAAGAGCUCCUCGACCAACACCCGCAGCCCCAUGACCCCAAAGUCAGCGAUGCACUCUGUGCCCAUGGCAACGCAGGAAUCCUCUGGCUUUGGCCCUCAGUCCAUUCGAACCCAGGCUAUCCACGAGAAGUCACCAUCUGGUGGCCAGUGGAUGCAGACCCCUGCGGGCAGUAUGGCGGCAUCGUACGGCUCCGGCUUCUCUUCACCUAUUCAGCCUGGGCUUGCUCAGCUCAACGAAGUCAUGAUGAAGGGCGGCACUUCGAUGCCUGCAAAGCUGGGUGUCCAGCCCGGAAGUGCGGUCUCGUCUCAGGAGAUGAAGCGCAAGCGGCGCAGAGAGUCCCAUAACCUCGUCGAGCGACGUCGACGAGACAACAUCAACGAGAGAAUCCAGGAUCUUAGCCGUUUGGUGCCUGCGCAUCGCUUGGAGGAUGAGAAGAUACGUAAGAUGAUCCAGAACGGCACUCCUUUGUCGCCUACGCUGUCGGGAAUUUCCAACCCCUCCCAGGCUACCUCGGGUCUAGCCGGGCCAGGCGCCCGUCGCGCAGCUGGCGCAACAGGCAACAUUACGACCGGCCUUCCUCUUGAGGACAAAGACAAGGGCCCCAAUAAGGGGGACAUCCUCAACGGCGCUGUCAGCUGGACAAGAGACCUGAUGUGGAUGCUGCACCUCAAGCUCCAACAGCAGGAGGAGCUGAUGAACGUCAUUGCGGAACUCGGUGGCCACUUCCCAUUCGAGUUGACCGAGGACGAGAAGCGCAUGCAGACCGAGCUGGUGGAGGCCAUCUCCAAAAACGACGCCAUGGGUUACUCGCGCACAAGUGGAUCCGGUCUUAGAGUACCCCAUCACACCGACUUCCGCGGCGAACCCAUCAACGGUUCGGGCAAUCCGGUCGAGGGUGUCUCCGUUAGCCCCGGCGACAACAAUGGCACGGGCCUGACCAACGACCUAGGGGCUACCAAUGAAUUUUGGAACGACCCGGAUGAUGAUGACAGUGGCCCGGCGUCGCUAAACUUCAAGGAAGAGGAUGAGUUCGGCAUGGAUCUGACGCAAUAG